GUCACGUGUGUGGGGGGUUGGAGGAGGAGGAGGAGCAGAGGGAGCGAGAUGGCGGCUGCGGCGAGCUGCUCGGGCGUUCCGCUCCCGGCCGCGGCGACCGCGACCACCGCGGACGGCAGAGAACUCUCCGAGCGCCUCGCACGCCUCUAUCCGGCGGUGGACGAGGCCGAGAACCCCCUGCCGCGCUCAUGGAGCCCCAAGGACAAGUUCAGCUACAUCGGCCUCUCGCAGAAUAACCUUCGCGUUCACUACAAAGGACAUGGAAAAACUCCCAAGGAUGCGGCGUCCGUUCGCGCCACACACCCGAUCCCAGCGGCGUGUGGGAUUUACUACUUCGAGGUGAAGAUCAUCAGCAAGGGACGGGACGGGUACAUGGGGAUCGGGCUCUCUGCCCAGGGAGUCAACAUGAACCGCCUGCCUGGCUGGGAUAAGUACUCGUACGGUUACCAUGGCGAUGACGGGCACAGCUUCUGCUCGUCGGGCUCGGGGCAGCCGUAUGGCCCCACGUUCACGACGGGCGACGUCAUCGGCUGCUGCGUCAACCUCGUCAACAACACGGCCUUCUACACGAAGAACGGGCACAGCCUGGGAAUUGCCUUCACAGACCUUCCGCCCAACCUGUACCCGACGGUGGGGCUGCAGACGCCGGGCGAGGUGGUGGAGGCGAACUUCGGCUCGCGGCCGUUUGUCUUCGACAUCGAGGACUACAUGCGGGAGUGGCGGUCGCGCAUCACGGCCGCCGUGGAGCGCUUCCCCCUCGCGCAGCCGCACGGGACCUGGCAGAUGACGCUGCAGACCAUGAUGGCCUCCUACCUGGUGCACCACGGCUACUGCACGACAGCGGAGGCGUUCGCCCGCGCGACCGGGCAGGCCUUCCAAGAGGAGCUCUCCUCCAUCAAGAAUCGGCAACGCAUUCAGAAGCUGGUGCUCUGUGGGAGGAUGGGAGAGGCCAUCGACACGACCCAGCAGUGCUACCCGGGCCUGCUUGACCGCAAUCCGGAGCUGCUGUUUCGCCUCAAGGUGCGGCAGUUUGUGGAGAUGGUGAACGGCACGGACAGCGAGGUGCGCUCCCUGGGCGGCGUGCGCAGCCCGAAGUCGCAGGAGCCCUACCCGGCGAGCCCUCUGCGCUCCUGCCACACGCCGGGCUCGAGCCCCGCGCACGCGCAGGUCGCGCCCGUCACCGCCGCCGCCGCCGCCGCCGUGACGACCGCCGCGGCCGCCGGUGCCGCGCCGGUGCCGCGCCCGGCCACCUCCUCGUCCUCGUCCUCCUCUUCGUCGUCCUCGUCGUCCUCCAACGGGGCCUGCACGCACCCCCUGAGUGAGGGGGCGGGCAGCAGUAACGGUGUGUCGGAGGGAAAGCCGCCCGGCUCUGCCCGGCACGGCAAGCACACAGCCAACCACAACGGCAGCUCCAACACAGACGACAGCAGCAACGGGGAUGACGACGAUGACGAGGAGGACGAAGAAGAGGACGAGGAGGACGACGAGGAGGAGAUGGACUACUACAGCAACGGCGUGACGGAGCCCGCCGAGACCAAUGGCGUUCUUAACGGCAGCUGUAAGCACGACGGCGUGGUGACAGCGCGCCACGACGAGGAGGAGGAGGACGAGGCCGACAUGGACGUGGACGUGGCUGGCGUGCGGAGGCAGCUGUGCGGGGGGUUCCAGGCGGCCGUGGAGCGAAUGAUCCAGUUUGGCCGGGAGCUACAGCUCAUGUGCGACACGCUAACCCGCGAGGACGGCAAACACACCGCCGACAACGCGCGCACGCUGCAGGACGCGUUCAGCUUGCUGGCGUACGCCGACCCCUGGAACAGCCCUGUGGGCUAUCAGCUCGAAGCCACGCAGAGGGAACAGAUCUGCAGUGCACUCAACAGCACUAUCCUAGAGGCUCAGGGCCUUCCCAAGCAGCCGGCGCUGCUGCUGGCCGUGGGGCAGGUGACCGAGUGCCUGCGCCUCAUGUCCCGCUCCAGCCUCGGGGCGUGCGCGUUCGCGCGGCUCGAAGACUACCUUUAGUGUCGCACGCAACGCACGGGGGGGCGUGUGCGUCGUGCGCGUGGUGCGUGCGUGCGAGUGUUUUGGAGCGAAGAAGAGCCAAUGCAUGCGCUCCGGAAAAAAUACGACCCAGCCAACCCGACUCACUAUUAUUUUUGUUUAUUUUGUUGCACACGCGCAUGAUGCACCCGCGCGCUACGGGCAGCCUGCCCCCACCGCCCGGUGGAGCUUCGGGGGUCGCGCACAGAGACAAACGCCACGAGCGCUCGGCUGCGCUCGUGGCGCUCGCCGAGACGCGGGCGAUGGGGGACGAGUUGCGCGUCCCGCCGUGCCCCGCCGUGCCCCGCCGUGCCCCGCCGUGCCCCGCCGUGCCCCGCCGUCCACCUCAAGCUGCCCGGCACAAACGGAGCAAGGCUCGCCGGGGUUACAGCGGCGAUGUUAACCACCCACGGACUAAGCGUGUGUUUUAAAAGAAGUUUUUAUUUCAUUGUUGUGUUUAUUUUCUCCCCCCCCCCGCCCCUUCCGAUAUUGUAAACGUUUUGCUUUUGAGUGAAAUAGAAAGAGAAAGUGAGAGAGAGAGAUGCAUACUUAAAUAUAAAACUAAAUAUUUGCAGGGCAUUUCUUCAACUCGCCGUCGCCUCGUUCGUGACAACUGGGUAUGGGGAUGGCUCUACACGGGGCGGCUUUAACGAGGGUGUUCAUUAAACAAGUGUGUGUGUGUUUUAAAGGAGAUGAGAUGCCGGUGUUGAGGUAGUGGAAGUGUGGAGAUGUGGUGUGCUGGAUGGCUUUGCAGUCAAACUGCUCGCCACGCUCGGCCUUUGUGCAUUCAAUGCGUGACGCCGACCGUCACUGCCCGCUAACGACCCCUCGUAUUGGUAACGCCGAGAGCGCAGCGCGAACACCGAAGGUGAACGCCGGCAAACCUGCAGCGCCGGGACUUGGCGAUCGGGGAAAGAAGACAACUAUUAGGCGACUGAGCGAACAUAGCCAGCCAAUCAUAACGUGUAACCCUGUCUGCAAUGCUAACCUCACCAGCCAACCAGACCUGCGCCCUACCCCCGUGUUCUUAACCAAACAGACUAACACGACCCCCCCCCCCCUCCCGGCACACGCUCCACUUGGAGCACAUCCAUCAUUGUGACCCAAUCCUCGCUGAUGCUUCGUGCAACUCCCAUUUUACUGUUCGUGGUCUUUCCACUCGUGGUGUUUACAGCGCCCCCUGCUGUCACGUGGAGUUUUUCAAUAAGCUCGGCAUUCGUGUACCAAGAUCGGAGCCCAAAUCCCACGUUGACAGUUGCACACUACUUUAUUGCCACACCAGACUGCCCGACCCCGCAACGUAUCUGUACCAGUUGUCCAAGUCUCCGUUUCAAGAGAUCGAUGAAAGUCGUUUGACUUUCAUCGUACGUGGCCAAUUAGUACAUGGAAAUCGAUUUGGUCUGUGUUUGGGGCAGCCCUAAUUCAGGCCGUGCUUCCAUUUCUUCUGACAGAGGGUUGGGGGGGAACGAGAGCUCCGUGCGUCUCGUCGGGCCUCCUAAAGCCUCCCCCGGUGCCAGCGCGUAGAGGGCAGUGGCAGAUGCAUUCAUUCAUGAAGAUUUUUUUUUAUGAUGGGGGAAAAUAAAAAGCGCGUACAAGUCGUAUUUUAGCAAAAAAACGACUGUGGACUUGCUUCAGUGCACAGAGUAUUACUAUUGUUGUUAGAGAGGUCGGCGGGUGAAAGAAGACGGGGGUGUUUGAUUUUAAGCGAAUUUGCGGUUGUGUUUUUAAAGCGAGUGUAUUGCCGAGAAAAGUCGCGGCUGAGACGUGCGCGACGAGCAAGCGAGCCGCGUGUGAGCAAGCCCACGAGUGAGACACGCAACGAGCGAGCCGCGUGUGAGCAAGCCCACGAGUGAGACACGCAGCGAGCGAGCCGCGUGUGAGCAAGCCCACGAGUGGGACACGCAGCGAGCGAGCCGCGUGUGAGCAAGCCCACGAGUGGGACACGCAGCGAGCGAGCCGCGUGUGAGCUCGGCCGUGCAGCGCGCCUCCCACCAGUGCUGCGUCGGAAACAACAACGCCUCCCCCCCCCCCUCCACUGUGCGGACCGCGCAGACGUGUGGGACGCUUUGUGUUCGUUCACACGGUGUCAUUUAUUUUUGUCCAUGACCGUAUCCAUGACGGUAUCACCCCCCACCCCAAUUAAUGGAAACAUUAAUUCUGAAGCAUAAAACUUUAGCUGCAGGAGACCGGGUUUCGCUUAAUGGCACACGGGCGACGCGCCAGGAGAGACUGAAAGGAGGCGGCGGCGGCGCAUGGUGAUGUGACGCGACGUGAUGGCGGGCCGUGGGGGUGAGGUUCGUGUAAAAGCGGCGGCGGCGGCAGCGGCUCAUCCCAUUUGUUCGCGGUGCGUCUUCCUUUCCCAUUUGGCUUCUCAAUAUGAAAUUUAACGCCGAGCAAAUGAGCGGCACUCCGGUCGGAGCGCUCGCCAUCAGUAGGCUGCGAUUCGGGACAUCAACAGUGGGGUCAUCCAAUUUGAAUACACAGGCCCCUGUCAUAGGAAUGUGAAAUGUAACGCAAAAUCAACUGCUUCGCCACCAGUGGAGGUCAGUGCCCACCCCAUUGCUGUUGAUGCUCAGAAAACAAAAACCUCGUCUGGAGCUGUGCGCGCGUCCUGACAGUGGGUCUCCUGGAGCAGAGGUUCACAGCCACCGAUCGCAGUCCCAAAGCUGGACUACAACCCAAGUCCAAACCCUUAAAUAACAUACACCUCGAGUUGUACUUUUCAUGAGUUUUACAAAAGCAUUUACCAUAGCAAUGAAACGGCAAAUGUUGUAAACCUCACUCUUUCCUUGUUUUCCUUUCUAUGUUGUGCCCAAAAUAUCUUGCGUUGGUCCUUUAUCAAUAGUGCUGUGGCCUGGAGAAAUUUGCAUUUGUAACCUUCGGCGGUGAGAACCAGCGGUGCAUCGCUUGGUGUUAAAGAACUGCCUCUCGGAAGAAGAUGCCGUAGGACUACUUCUAGGGGCUCUUCACGAUGCCUCUUGCACACACUACCACGUGCCCUGCACAAAGAGAUGCAAUCCGCCAAACGAAAUGACAAUUCAACCGUUGGCGUGUGGCCGACGCGAGACCGCUUGCCGUAACCCGCGAGAUCGGUUUAACCGUGGGGCGGCUGCCUUUGCGUGGUCCCAGGCUCUCGGCAAUGCCUCCCUCCUCGGUGCUCUUGACGUGGUGCUGGCUCCCCGAUCCGCCUGGGGCCACCUCUACAUUUGCCUGUUCCAUUUAAAUCUCGGAUAACGUUUUGAGCGCACGGGGGUCAAAAAUCCGACGAUUAGCACGGUUGGCUACGUACGGUGCGAAAGAAGUUCAACGUACAUAUGCAUAAAAAAACAACUCAACUGAGGCUGCUCAAGGAUGUUGACUGGCUCGCCCGUGGCGUUGCUCGCCGAGUCCAUGGGGCUGUGUACGAAUCAACUUCUCUUGAAACUGGCAGGGGGCUUGCAAUGCCACUGGGCUCCUUGGAGCCUCGCCGUGCUCUGAUUGGAUAGGCGCGGACACGUGGCUCGUAUCUUAUGCGAGUGGCGAUUGCACAUUUGAUUUUAAAACUUACACAUUUGAAACAUUUCAAAUUUACUCAUCAUGAAGUUCGAUCAGUUUGAACCAUGUUUGGUGCGUUUUGAAUAUAUUUUUUUGCGUGUAAUGCACCAAAUUGCUUGUGCGCAUUAUCAAAGCGUGUUGGUAUAAAACUCUUUGAACAGCACUAUCUCCUUCAUUUGUGGGUUUUGGAAAUGCGCAUGGCCCCGAUGUUACUCGCCGCGGCUCCAAGUGGACGUUGCGGCCCUCCGUGGCCAUGCUGCCUAAGGUCCCCCGCGCCAUGCCGGCUGAUGAUGCUAGCGGCGGUGACCACACUUUGUAAGCUAAACAAUAAGAGGUAAAGUUACGAGCAUCAAUUAGUCAUUUUUAUUUUCAAUGAUUUCAUGUUUUUUAUAUAUAUAAAAAUAAAAUAUUCAGCGUAUAAAAAGUACCAAGUUUUUACGUGCUACGCGACCAACCGCCCUUGUCUCUGUACGCCUGACCACGCCGAGACGCUUUGCCUCUUAAGGGGGGGGACACGUAACCUGGGAGAGCCGUCUAGCGAACGGUCGAGAGAGGUGCGGGAGCCACAUCGUCCCAAAGAGAAUGGGAAUGGUUGUCUGGCUCGGCCAGGCCCAACACCGCACGGAGACACGAGAACAUUGCUUUGGUGAACGUUUACCGCGCGACACCACGGCGUUGUGAAGUGUUGCCCGUCGUGUGUGUAACUGCUGCUGCUGCUCCUACGCGUACUUCGUGAAGGACCACCUGCCAAUACCGACGUGCUGGCGUUAUCCAUUGCUAAGUUCCUAUUUUCAUUUGUGCCUAAAAGGUCCCCUCUGCGUGUAAAGACGCUGUUUUGUUCCAAAGGGAUCCUACCUAGGAAGACCGACGGGCAUUCAUUGAUGAGGUCGCUGUUGGUAUACGUGGGAGAAAUCCAGAGUGGAGAAUGAAAAUGCACAUACAGUACACGUGUAGGUCAGAGACGGGCUCACUCUGCUGCACCAUCCCGGCUCGACUUGAAUGCCCCAGCGUCUCGGGCGCGUCAUAUUCACCGCCCUCGUCACGCCCCGACGAUUUCAGUCUCCCACAACCCUCCCCCCGGCCCGUGUGCCGCAUGGUUGGCCGUGACCGUGCGUGACCCCCGGCAGUCACGACGGCAUCGUCAGGUGUGGCCGUGACCCCCCGCCCCCGCCGCCGUGUGUGGUGACGCUCCGCACAAUGUUCGCCACCGGGCCCCGCGUCCCCUGGGUGGUGCCGCCUCUCGGCGCCGAUUUCUGGGCUGCGCGCAGGGCCCCGAUGCAGGUAGCGCAGAGACGGGCGGCCGGUGCAGCUUCGCGGAAUCCCAUGUCCACGAAACGUGAACCAAACUUUUAAUCGAUGCAAUAAACUCGAACCUGAACCGGUUGAGUUUAGAAAGAUCUUUCCCCUUCGGGAGAAUUCCGUGACUUGUAAAGUGGACUUUUUUUUCUCCUUUCCUUUCCUUCCAGUGAUCAAUAUAUGGAUACAAAGUAAUCUCACUUGUACUCGGUGUCCGUCCGCCUGCCUGUUGUAAACACUUUUGCACAUGUGUUGCGCCAUCACAUGCUCCACGGUAUCCUUCAAGCAAAGCAACCUCUUAAUUUCAACAAUACCCAGUACACAUCGGAGGUUGUAGAAAUUGUCCAAAAUAUAUUUUUUUAAAGAUUGGGUAGGAUAUAAAUUGAAUUUGUUAAACUUAUAGAUAAUUGGAGUAAAGCAAACUUAACUCUGUUUUCAUAUAUUCUACAAUGCAUGCGUGAAAAAACCGCUCCUGACUUGAGCUGAUUGGCCCACGGCAUCGCUGCCGUAAAAUCCGAUCGAUUCGUGGCGGGGAAUGCGUCUCGCCGUGGCAGUGCCAGCUCAAGCCGAGCGGUGGGCUCCCGUGCGUGGAAGCCGAUUCGAGAGCACCGAUCCCCCGUUGUGAACCUGAGGUAGCGUUGUGUCGCCGGCGUGGCGUCACCUGGCAGUGAGCAUCCUCGAGAACCAGCGCGGACUGGCUUUGCCAGCCGACUUGUUCUUCUCUCCUCCAGGUCCAGUUCAGGUUUUGGUGUUUGCAGCCCCGUGAGUGUAGGGACCGCAUCCCGUGUCGGAUCUUUUCCAGGGCGUUCAGGCUCUCGUGUGGACUCCUCAAUGACCGCCUGUUUUAUUUGAACGUCUUCCCUUUCGGUUUUUUUGGCAUUCGUUAUCACGCGGCUGCUCAGUGUGGUUCCGGUUUCCUUGGCCUGGCCACUUUGUCGCCAUUCCCUCCAAGCAAAAGUUGCUCUCGAAGAGUACCGCUGUCGCCCGUCCAAGAUAAAUUAAAUAAGUUCUCGGAUUGUGCCGUCGCUGACGAUCUGUGCUGCUACGCGUUGUUUUUACGUGGGGCCCGGCGGACCGCUGAGGCAUCGACAAAUUCACCAAUUACGAGUCGCCAAUCGCAAAGCAUUUCCGACGCUCAUGAUGAUGAUAAUGCUUGCAUUAGAAUCUGCUUUGAUUUAUGCAACAACAUAUGCUCGUUACAUACGCCGGUGUAAUGUAGGCUAAUGCAGAGAACGACUCCAGUUGAGAGAACAAAUGGAAAACGAGACGCAAAAUGGACCACUGAAUGGCGAGCCCAGAUUUGUGACAAUCCGCGAGACCGUGGCGACGAUGCGAGACGUUGCUAGGGCAGCGUGAUGCUCCCUUUGACUACUUACACCCUUCGGGUGCUCGUUCUGCGCUGUUGGUUACGUAUGGUGUGGAAGAAGUUCAACAUACAGAGCAGAAGUGGGCGGAGGGGGGGGAGGGAGAAGCUCAGCUGGGCCUGAGCAGUGAUAAAGUCGGGCAGAACGUGCGCAGCGCUUGCAUUUAGGUGUUGUGUGAUGCAAGUUCAGGUGGCGAGGUGGCUCGGAGGUCAGUUCGCCGAGCCCGAGACCGUUUGUAGUAAGUUGUUGGCCUCAGCCUGGUGUCACCGAUGACUGCACGAAAAAAAAACAGUCAUUGUGAUGUGGUUCUGAAACUUAAUUGGGCUACAUUCCAUAACAUUGGUUUUCAGUUUGACUGUUAUUGCUGUCAGUAGCAGGGCAGGUGAGAAAGUGAUCUUCCCUUGCAUAUGGACUAGAGGUCACUCGAAGGGAUCUCGAGGUGGUUCUGUGUAAUCUGCUUCUGUUGGCUGUUCUCUUAACGCACUGUUCCGUGACAGAUCCGAAUGAACGCUUUUGUCUCGUGACAUGACGUCAAUAACACAAUUUAGGUAGAAACGAUGUUUGAGGUAUUUUUAACAAGAUUUUUUUUGGGUGAACAACACUCAGCGUACCAUCUUUGUCGGCUCAAUUUCAUGUCGGCCGAAGGGCCCGGUGUAAAUCCAGCUGCUGCAUCUCGAAGUUCGAUUAGUUUAAUAUUCAGGCCACAGUGGGGAGAGGGCUCAUAGCUUCAUUGCAGCCAAGCAUAGGCGAGGCAUUGGUGAGUUUGCGUCUCCAUUUGUCGCAAUGAGUGAAGCGUGCGGAGCGAAAAGACGCUACCCCAAAUUGUGUCAAUUCCUUGCAAACUGACGGCGUCAGCCCUGUCGAUGAUUGAAUCUUGGAAUGUUGCUGUGCCGCGCGUCUCCCAGUGGUGUUACUGUAAAAUCAGACUUUGAGCCAUGAAAUCGGCCCGAAUUCUGGUCUCCCAGAAGCUAUGUUUGAAAAUGUCGAUCCUGACUGAAUAAGUGGCCUUGUGUUGUUAAAGGCUUUAGAUGUUACUGUGCACGGGUGUGGUGGGGUGAAAUGCAGAAAGGCAUUCGAUGUAACGUUGUAGUGUAAUGUCGGUGAGGGCAAGUAUAUGGCACGUGCCUCUGUCCCGCUUGAUGUUACCGCUCUCAAUCCGUCUGUCGUCAAUAACACGUUUACACUUUAGGUCAAUGUGCAAUGCUGGGGGAAUUUUCACCGCUACAGAGUCGUGAACAGACAAGGUCUAGGGGUGUUUCAAGAGGCGCCGAGUCAGAAUUGGGAGGUUAAACGCGGAUGGGGUGUCGCGCGCGCUCGGCUGAGAAGGCGCUCGCACGUUCAGCAUCAGUUGCCCACGUUCAGCAUCAGUUGCCCACGUUCAGCAUCAGUUGCCCACGUUCAGCAUCCGUUGCCCACGAGCCCCCGCGUGAUUUGUACGAUCGCAGCUGCCGCUCUGCUCUUGCCCGAGUGGUGGUUGGGGCUGUCUGUCGGGUCACCGUCGGCCCUCUUGUUCGGGUCGCCCAUCACUAACUCUGGCGGGUUUUGGGACGCCCUCGUGCGUGCCAUGACAGGCACCUCGUGCCGCGAGUUAGACUGCGACGCAAACCAUAAACCACAUUGCUUCUAUGUCGAUCAUGGACACGAUCUAUGCGGGGCAAUGCGUACAUAUAAAAGAUAAUGUGUUUGCACGUUAAACAUUCUGCUGCUCCAGGACGGUGCGAUGCCCUCGCGGCUAUUGAACGCCGCCCGGACGUUCCGAGCGCUGUGGACUCGCUUUGUGCGGCUCCUACUGUGCGUCAUGACAUCGUUGGGGGGGGGGGGGGUCACAGUGGCCCCAGCGUGUGGCUGCGCUUUCGUCUUCAGCCUGCACGACGCGGAAAGAAGCGUGCCUCGUCGCGAGAGUGCGGUAUCCCGUGCUGCGGUGCAUGCUGGGCAUUCUGAACCCAGUGACGUCGAUGGAGGGAGGCAAUUGCGGCGGCGGCGGUGCACGUGAAUGUCGCGUGGGGUUUUUUUUCCCCCCUCCCAUUUUAAAAUUAAAAUGCACGUGGGACGGCCCCACAAUACACA